CGCGAACUCCGCUGAAGCCUUUCAAAUCUUCCCAAUCUCGUGCGCUCCGACGAGGCUCCGGCGGCCACAUCGGCGCGCCCAGCGCGGUGGCAGCGGAGACCAAGUGUGAGGCUGUGACGGCGAGGAGCUUAUCCUGUGUAGCGCGGCUGUGCGCGAGGCGAGCACGUCCGGAAGCGGCGCAUUUCCCGAUCGCAGCCGACGCCGAGCAGGAAUGGAAGCUGCAAUACCCCUCGGGCUCGCCCUUCCCCGAGGCAGCACCGGCAUCUGCAGCUUCUCCGUACUGCUCAACUCCGCGACCAAGCCCAACCUCAGCUGCUUCGGCAGGGUCCCCGGAAAGCUCCCGCUUUUCCCGUCCCGCGCCGUCUCCGAGGACCGCGCCGACGCCACGCCGCAGUGGCAACUCGACUUUCUUGGGGCGAGCGCGGUGACCCCCGACACGCCUGAGGACGAGGAUGAGGAGGACCUCCUCCCAGCCGAGGCCACCGACUGGUGCGUCCGCGCGCGCCGCUCUGCCCUGCGCUCCAUCGAGGAGCGGGGCCUCGCGCCCUCGCUGCAGCGGAUGGUGUCACCGCCCAAGAAGAAGAAAAAGAAGAAGACUGCCAAGAAGAAAGAACUCAAGAAGGCGGCCGCCGAGCUCAAGCGCCGCAAUAAGCAGGUGGAUGACGCAGAGGGAGACGAAGAUGACGACGAUGAUGUCGUUGAUGAUUUGCAGAACAUGGACGACCUGGAGCUCCGGGUCGCACAGUUCGCCGACGGCAUGUUCGACGAAAAGCGCCAGAGAAACAGGGAGACCUUCGUCCAGACCUUGUCCAGGUUCUCGGCCGCACCUUCCAACCGGAGCAAAGAGGUGUCCUUGAACCGCUCCAUCGUCCAGGCGCAAACUGCCAACGAGGUGCUGGACCUCACCGCAGAGGUGAUCACCGCUGUCGCCAAGGGUCUCAGCCCCUCGCCGCUCACGCCGCUCAACAUCGCCACUGCGCUCCACCGCAUAGCGAGGAACAUGGAGGCGGUGUCCAUGAUGCAGACGCACCGGCUUGCCUUUGCACGCCAGAGGGACAUGUCCAUGCUCGUGGGUCUGGCCAUGGUGGCCCUGCCAGAGUGCUCGCCGCAGGGUGUCUCCAACAUCGCCUGGGCUUUGUCCAAGAUUGGUGGUGACCUGCUAUACCUGCCGGAGAUGGAUCGGAUAGCUGAUGUGGCCAUGUCCAAGGUUCAAGACUUCAAUGCACAGAACGUUGCCAAUGUUGCAGGAGCAUUCGCUUCCAUGCGCCAAUCAGCACCGGGGCUUUUUUCAGCACUGGCCCUGAGAGCUGCACAAAUACUGCAGACAUUCAAGGAGCAAGAGCUUGCUCAAUUCUUGUGGGGUUGUGCUUCUCUAAAUGAGUGCCCCCAUCCCCUGCUUGAUGCACUGGAUACUGCUUUUCAGAACGAUACCAGUUUUCAGUGCCAUGUAUCUGAUUUAAAAUCAAGCGCGCAUCAGAGUUCAGCAGAAGAAGAACUUUCUGGUGGAGAAGAUGGUAGCACUAGCAGUGCCCGUACACUGAACUUCAGCCGAGAUCAGGUUGGGAAUAUUGCUUGGUCCUAUGCUGUCAUUGGGCAAAUGGACCGUCCAUUCUUUUCACAUAUGUGGAAAACUCUGAGUCAAUUCGAAGAGCAAAGAGUUUCCGAUCAGUAUAGAGAAGACAUGAUGUUUGCUUCACAAGUUUACCUGGCAAACCAGUCUUUGAAGCUUGAAUACCGAGAUCUUGGACUGUGCUUAAGAAGUGAUCUUGAGGAGAAAGUAACAAAAGCUGGAAAGAGCAAAAGGUUCAAUCAGAAGACAACCUCUUCAUUUCAAAAGGAGGUUGGCCGUCUUCUCUAUAGUACAGGGCAUGAGUGGGUUAGAGAAUAUGCAAUCGAUGGUUACACUGUUGAUGCCGUGUUAGUUGAUGAGAAGCUUGCAUUUGAGAUAGAUGGGCCAACACACUUCUCUAGGAAUUUAGGUACACCAUUAGGCCACACAGCAUUUAAACGACGCUACAUUACUGCUUCUGGGUGGAAGUUGGUUUCCUUGUCUCUUCAAGAGUGGGAGGACCUACAAGGUGAGUUUGAACAAUUGGAAUAUUUGAGGAGAAUAUUAGACAUAGAAGCUGAAUAAGCGCAACACUUUGGGCAGUGGAGAAUAAGCAAGAAGGCAUCUGCUUUUACAAGAGUACUCAUUUUACAACCACACUGGCCUUCCCAAAAGUCCAGUCCACUUUCCUUGUACAUUUUGUGAACCUGUCUCAAAACAGAAGUACUCUACUGAACCCUGGAAAGUUAGGAGUUAGCUGAGCAUUGGUAAUGAGAAAUACAGUUUAAACUUCAAACUAAUGUGUGCUAUGUUAGUUUUCGGUGAGCUAUUUUGUACCAGAGAAGAUUGAAAUAAAGUAUUGCUAAAGCCAGGAAUUCUUGAAAUAUCAUUGCUUGUCAGCAUAUAUGUAUAUCAUACUAUAAACAAUGCAACGGGCAAUAAACUCAUUACAGAGGUUUCUGCACACUGCAA